CUUCAGGAUGGGAUGGGUCCGGUGCGUCCACCCCAUUAGAAAAGGUCGCAGCCUUGCAAGCUGAGGUCAGUCUGCCGGAGAGGUACUGCAGAAGUUGAAGUGUUAGGAGAGCGAGAGCGAGAGAGGCAUUCUAGGAGGUAUCUGCUACGAUUCGGUUAUGAACAGGUGGCGGAGCGGAAGCAGUGUCUGCGAAGGAGCUCAGGAAGGCGAGUAAUUACGAAGAUAACAAGAUCUUGUUGUGCGAGGAUCAUAUAGAGAGGUCGCACAUCUCAACAGAUGAAUCACUAGGCACUAUUGGGCGAGGUCGUGGAUGAGAGUAAGGGGCUAGUUUUGUUAAGCCAGAAUGGCGGAUUCGGGCUUAGGGUCAGGGGAGGGAGACUCUCCAGUGCAGAGUAAGGGAAAUGGAGGGGCCAUACGCGAGAAGCCAGUGAAGGUGCUGCCAUGUCCUCGUUGCCAAUCUAUGAACACGAAGUUCUGUUACUACAACAAUUACAAUGUUAAUCAACCUCGGCAUUUCUGCCGAAACUGUCAGCGAUACUGGACCGUGGGCGGGACACUCCGGAAUGUGCCAGUCGGAGGGGGAUCUCGCAAGAAGUUGCGCAUGGCUCGUAGCCGCACCGACCCAUACCUUCGUGCCGGGGAGGCCCCCCAAACUGGCCCUCUGAGUUCUAUGUCAGGUGCAGAUGGUUUACUAGGCGCAAGCACUUGUGUGCAGCAGCUCCCAAUGCUUCCGUCGACACCAGGAUUGGUGUGUUUUGGUACCCAAUUGUCCGGAUUCGCCCCCGCUGGAUCCCAGUUGCCUUUUGUGCAAACCGCGCUGGAGCAAAGUCAGAGUAUGUAUACUCGAGUGCAACAAAAGCCUCUAGCUGGGCUCCAGGAAGUUCCUGAUCUCCAGUCUGUCUACGAUGUACCUCAAGUUCCUCAGUUUCCGCAGGUUGGCUCAGAGUUGUUGAACAUGUCUUCGUUGAUGAUGGAUGAUGGGUUCUUCAAGAUGCCGGGUGAUUUGCACUUGCCAUCUGACUCCGAAGCUCUGGCCUCGGUGAUCACCAAGGCGGAUCUGUGGUCUAAUCCCAUGCAACAACUAUCAUCACUCAACGGCAGUACUUGGGAAGAUUCAAGACCAUCGAAGUCUUCCUUCACCUCACAGCUGCAGAAUCUGAGUGGAUACGAGGAUAGGAGGAACCCAAUGAACCAGGUCAACGUCAACAUGUUUUUGCCGAACACGAAGCCUCAGUUCUGGGGAUCGGCUAUUAUGAACCAAAAAUCCUUGAUGGACGACAGGCUUGUGCCGCACACAUCAUGGGACGAGAAUCAGUCGACACAAACGAGUCUGUCUCCAACUGAGAGCAGUUCUCUCGAAGAGGAGCGUAGCUUGCCGAAUUACUUUUCUUCUCAGUAUGAGGAUGUUCCUCAAUCCUGGGCCGGUUUGCUUGCCUCCGACAUCCUUUUCUAAAUUUGAUUUUCUAAGCCAACACUUUUGCCUAUUCUCAAUCCUUCAAGGCCAUCCUUCAGCGCCCUGUAAAGUAUAUCCUGUGAAUUACCCCUAGUUUGAGUGCGAUUCUAUGCUGGAGGUUGGCUACUAGGCCUGAACUGGGUUUACUAGUGAGUUUGACCAUCUUAGACUUGAGCAAUAGGAUCUGCAGAGUGUACAGUAGAUUAGGACCUCUCUAGGCCUGCCGUGCCUUUGUCUCUUGAUAUUGAAGUUUUUUCUUUUCUUUUCUUUUCUUUGUUCCUAUUUAAUGAAUGCGGGAGCUAGUUCUCCCUGUUUCCAACA